AAAACCCCUAUCUCAGUCAGGUACGGAGGGAGGGAAGAUGACGUCUGCAGCAGGUGGAACGCCACCCCAAAACCCUACCCCUCCUGCAGGAGAGGCGGAGCGGCGCCGUUCCCCCAUCCGGAAGAAGACGGCGACGAGAACGAGGGAUGAUGGUGGCAAAGAGGAUGUGGUGAUGGAGGAGGAGAAGGAGGGCGCCUUCCUCCUGGGUGAGCCUACCUUCUUGGACCUGGGUGGCGGGCGUUUGCGGUGCGUGGAGACGGGGCAUGAGCUGCUCGCCAAGGACGAGGAGGCCUACGGCCGCACCAAGGCCUGCCGCCUCGCGCUCAUCGACGCCGCCGUUGCCCAGAAGAAGCCUCCCCUCAACAUGUUCCAACCCCACCCCACCUCCAAGUCGCAGCUGGUGUGCAAGCUGACCGGUGAUUCGGUGAAUAAAUCUGAGGAACAUAUCUGGAAGCACAUCAAUGGAAGGAAAUUCCACAAUAAAUUAGAACAAAAGGAAAUGGAGAAGCAUUCCUCUGCAGAAGCAGUGGAGAAAGACACAAAACAGUCAAAGAAGCAAGUGAAGUCAACUCUGGGUUCUCGCAAUAGAGUUCGGAAGAAAGACAUCAACAUGAAUGAUUCACAUACCAAGAAGACAAAGGCAGAUGAUGAUGAUGAUAUGGUGGAGCCUGAAUUUUGGGUUCCUCCUGUUGGAAGUCGCUGGGACCUUGAUGAUGGAAAAGAUCGUUGGGAUCCUCAAACAAACAUGGUUGAUGAGGCAGAUGAUGGUAGUGGCCUAGAUGGAAUAUCUGAAAAAGAUGACCCAGAAACAAUUGAGCUUUCCAAUCGGACUAAGCGAAUGUCAAUAGUUGUUGGCCCCAGCAGCUUUGCUUCAAGGAAGAAGAAGAUUAAGAAGGCUGCAACCCUUCCAAAUGGUAGUUGAAAUAAGAGCAUUUUGACCUACAAAACUCAUCACUGGUUGUGUCAUUUAUGUGAACAACAUCACGCCAAGAAGUUGCUGAGGAACAUCUGCAUGCACCAUCUCUUUCCAACCGCGCUAUCAAAUGAUCCAUCUUAAGUAAAAGUUAUUGUGAAGCGCCAGUUACUAUCCGUUUCACACUGGCAUAUGGUUUCCAGCAUAAUUAAUAGUGAAUUUGCAGUGAUGAGUUGGUGACUGCAAAAUGUGUUCCCUCUUGAGCAUGUUCAUUUACAUGUAUUAGAUCCUCUAUCGAGAUCCUCUAGUCCUUAUGUUCCUCUAAAUGCUUAUGAUUUAUUUGACUCAUUCUUAUACCAAACCUGCUUACAGGUGAAAUCCUAAUGCAUUUCAUGGUUAUCAUGA